AGCAAGGUCUUAGCGCAAAUGCUCAAGCUCAAAGAAUUGGAAGGAGUGCUGCAACAGGUUGACGGGUUUUCCCACUCUAGGGCAAAGCUGGAACAAUAUGUAACACCGUCUCACAUCGCUGCAGAGAUGCUCUUCCACAUACAACAGAGUUAUGGAGAUAUCAAGAGCAAGUGUGUGUGUGAUUUGGGCUGUGGGACAGGCAUGUUGAGCAUUGGAGCUGCUGUCAUGUCAGCAGCCUUUGUUGUGGGUUUUGAUAUUGAUGAGGACGCACUACAUAUUGCCUCCAAGAACGCAGAAGGGUUUGAUCUGCAGACUGUUGACUAUGUGCAGUGCGAUGUCCUGGAAUUGCUGCAGCAGAGAACACACCGAGACAAGACAUUUGAUGUGGUAAUUAUGAACCCUCCGUUUGGAACAAAGGGAAAUAGAGGCACUGACGUUAAGUUUCUUGAAGUCGCAUUGGAACUUGCUCAAUCUGCUGUCUACUCGCUACACAAAACAGCUACGAGAGAGUUUAUUCGUAAGAAAGCUAAAGAGUGGGGAGUUCAAAUAGAUACGGUAGCAAAUCUUCGUUUUGAUCUUCCUCAAACACUUAAAUGUCAUAGGAAAGAUACAGUAGACAUCAAAGUCGAUUUGAUUAGACUGAACUGUAGAAAAACGAUUUGAUUAAUUUUAAAGUUUAUUUAUAGCUUUGGCAUCACUUAUCUACGCAACCAACGGUAUCGAAAAUUGCAUAUA